GAUACUCUCUCUCUCCAUCCUCUCCCUCUCUCUCUCCCUCCAUCGAUCAGAGCUCUGCGUUGCCCUCACGGACUUCUCUUCUUUUUGUCGAUUUCCAUCAUUACCCCCAACAUCCAGAAAGUUCGAAUCGAUUCAACCUUCUCUCGAUCCGCCAUCGCCAUUUUCAAGAAAGAGAUAGAGAACCGCAAAAUUGGUGUAAUGGCGGAGGAUAAAGCCGUAGGAGGAGAAGGCGACAAGAAGGACGCCGCGGCUGCGGCGGCGGCGCCUGCGGUUGCGAAGAAGAAGCGGCAGGGAAUUUUCUCUAGAAUGUUCAGUGGGAUCUUCCGAUUACACCGCGACGAUUUCGAGAAGCGGCUUCAGUACAUUUCGAAAGAGGAAGCCACUGUCCUCGCUAGAAUGCAGAGGCGGACCAUUACUUGGAGGCGCAUGACUAGACAUCUCAUUCUCUUCUCCGUCUUCUUUGAGGUUAUUGCAAUUGUUUAUGCUAUAGUAACGACGAGAGCGACGGAUUUAGAUUGGAAGAUGAGGACAUUUCGUAUUCUGCCCAUGUUUCUUUUGCCUGCUAUAUCUUCUGUUUCAUAUUCAGCAUUUGCGAGCUUCACAAGGAUGCGUGAUCGCAAGGACACCAAAACCCUGGAAAGGCUUCGAGCUGAAAGGCAAGCAAAAAUUGAUGAACUUAAAGAGAGGACAAACUAUUACACUACUCAACAACUUAUUCAGAGAUAUGAUCCUGACCCAGCAGCAAAGGCAGCUGCUGCAACUGUCCUGGCGUCUAAGUUGGGUACAGAUUCAGGUAUGAAAUUUUAUGUGGGAGAUGAAUCUAAGGGUAAUGCCUCAACAGGGAAAAGCCAUGAUGCUGAACUUGUCCACUCUGGUGAACUUCGAAACCGUAAACCAGUACACACCAGAUCGAAUAGUACUGGGAGUGUCCCGCUGAAUCCUCUUGAAGAAGAGACACCUCGUUCUGCAAGGUCUGACGGUCAGACUUCCGAGUAUAAUCAGCUAGUCGUUAGUCAUCAUAAUCCUCAAGGACCAUCUCCACAGGAUGGAGGAUGGAUUGCUCGGAUUGCAGCAUUACUUGUGGGUGAGGAUCCAACACAGUCUUAUGCACUCAUAUGCGGCAACUGUCAUAUGCACAACGGGCUUGCUAAGAAGGAAGAUUUCCCUUACAUCACUUAUUUUUGCCCGCACUGCCACGCCUUAAAUCAGCCAAAACAUUUGGAAGGGCAUACUUCUGGUUCUAACACCCCUAUGACCCCAACAAAGCUAGCCAGUGAUUCUCUGGACGACAGUGCAAUCUCAAGUGUCAGCCGGGUCAGAGCUGGUUCAGAGAUUGAGGAAGCAACUGAAAGGCCUGCAUUGGCCGAUACAAUUAGUGUAGAAAAACAUGAGUAGGGUUAAGAUGUUCGUUUGUUCGAUUCCUUUGCUUGUACGUAUGGGGCUCAUAUUCUGCUGGAUGGAUUUGUGUGUUAUAUAUGCUUGGUCGUGUUACUCAAUGUACAAGAAAAUGUUACAGAUGCCUUACCGAGAAACUUUCCGGGCUUAAUGGUGAUAGAAUAUGCAGAUUGGUUGUAAUUUCGGGGCUUUAUGAUCAUAGAAUACGCGGGUUGAUUGUAA